GCUGUGGUGGUCCUUUCAAAACAAAACUUCACCAGAAGUAAACACGAGUGCGUGCUUGGGCGAUCACAUUUUUCGCUAAAUCCGCUAAAUUCCGAAGCAAUAGAGUGCCCCGAAGUAUUCCACGUCUCGGUGAACCGUGAAAUCACAUCGUCAAAAUGGGCAAGAAGAAGUUCAUCGACAAGAAGAAAGCGGUCACAUUCCGGCUGGUGAACCGCAGUCAGCAGGAUCCGCUGUACGUUGACGAAACAGCUCCCCAGCAUGUGCUGGUCCCGGUAUCUGCGCCCGGCAAAGGUGGCGACCCCCGCGGUUUCGCCAGUGCCCUGAGACCAUCCAGCUCAGCUGGUCAGAUGGACGCGGAAAAGCGUAAAAAAGAGCAGGCCAAAUUCGGUGUAUACUUCGACGAUGAUUACGACUAUCUGCAGCACCUGCGGGAACCGGGCCGCAACGAAGUCUACUGGGAACCGGUAGAACCGACCAAGACGGCCGGUGCCGAAAAAGUCAGCAUCAAGUUGCCCAGCUCGGUGUUUGCUUCGGAGGUGGAAGAAGCCGAGGGUCUCAUGAAAAAGAAGGCCCAGCAACGACCGGGCCCAAGACCCGAUUGGGAUCCGGAUGUGGUGGCCGCUCUCGAUGAGGACUUCAACUUUGAUGAUCCGAGUAAUGAGCUGGAGGAUAACUUCAUGGAACUGGCCAUGGGUGGAGAGGGGGACGUCGAAGAGGGAGACGAUGAUUUCUUCGAUGAGGAAGAUGAAGAUGGAGAAUAUAGCGACGUGGAUUCAAACGACGCGGCUAUGUCGGACGAAGAUGGGGAAGAGCGCGAUGGGCUGGGGCCGUUGGCUUUCGAUCGGGAGGAAACCAAAUCCAGAUUCACAGAGUACUCCAUGAGCAGUAGUGUGAUUCGGAGAAACGAACAGUUGACCCUGCUGGAUGAUCGGUUUGAGAAAUUCUACGAACAGUACGACGACCCGGAGCUGGGUGCCCUGGAUUGCGAGGACAUCGAAGGACAUGUGGAAAUUAAUGAUAGUGUGCUGCUGCAGUAUGCGGAAGAAUAUCGGAAGGAGCGGGACGAAAAGUACGAGGUGGAUUACAACAAACAGUGGGACAAAGAAAGGAUCCUCAAGCUGCAGGAAGUAUCGUCGGACGAAGAGGAAAUGGUCGAGCUGGAAGUGGAAGACGAAACCCAGAAAAAGUGGGACUGCGAGAGUAUCCUGUCCAGCUAUAGCAAUUGCUACAAUCACCCCAAACUGAUCGAAGAACCGAAGAAACGCAAAUCGGCAGCCAAAAUCAGCAUCCAUCCGAAAACGGGAUUGCCGAUGAAUACGCUCGGAGCGGACAGCGGGAAACUCACGAUGAAAUCGCUGGCCAGGCACGAACAGGAUGCAAGCGCCCCAAAACCCGGUGGUCCAAAGUCGCUUUGCGAUGGCACUGUGAUUUCCACGUUGAGUGUCCUGUCGAUUCGACCGAAAGAUGAAACGUCCGAUGAGAAGCGCGAACGCAAGAAGCUACUCAAGGAAUAUCGUGCCGAGCGGCGGAUAGAGCGCAAGGCCAACACCGAAGCGUUCAAGGAGGAGAAGAAACAACAGGAGAAGAUUCAGAUCAACAAACGGGCCACGGCGGGUGUUCGGAUUGUGUAAUUCUCCGAACGAUUCGGGGCGGUUUUCUGGUAAGUUUGAUAAGGUAAUACUUCCGGCUAAGGAAGAGAUGUAUGGAUUAAAUUGUGUUUAUAUGUAGCUGAA